UCUGAGAGGAAGAGGAGGAUGAGGAGGGAGGAGGGAAGUCACCAGUUAAUAACCCCUGCCUCCCUGUCCCUGGCCGCCAGCAGCAUCAUCCCGCUCGCACACGGCACCGUCCGGGGUCCCUGCACGCAGAGAUGACCGUCCCGCACCGGCCGCUCCAGCCCGGCAUCUCCGCCCUCUCCUCCGCGUAAACCCCGCCAGGUCCCGGCGCUUUGGCACAGCCGGACCCGCAGAGCUGCGCGCUCGGAGCCGCUGCUGCGUCUGCGCCUCUCCAGAGCGCACUUUCUUUCUUUCUCCCCCCCGAAUCAGUCCCCUCCGAGGCUCCGGAUCAGCUGGGAACUGCGAGAAGAAAAAAAUACUGGGAGCCACCGAGGACGGACGGACUGUGCGGACCGUUGGGGUUCCAGUGAAUGUGGUUUCUGCGCGUGUUUCUGCAGGAGCGCACAGCGGGUCCGCUGGACCCAGUCCCGUCCCUCGGCUCUUUGUCUUAACAACCCCCUACUGGGUGUCCCGAACUCGCCACAACAUGCGUCUUUUGGGGCUUGUGCUUCUGCUCGUCGCAGGUGUGCUGCCGUCCUGGACGCAGAAGUUCCCCGUGUCUCCGCCUGCGACUGACUGUGUUGAAGCCCAUCGCGUGUGCUCUGCCGACCCCCAGUGUGAGGCGCUGUACCGCGGCCUGGAGCUGUGUGCGGCCGACGCGGCCGUCACUCUGUUAGGGGAACAGGUGGCGUCCGAGUGUUUGGAGCGACAGGACGCUCUGCUGGCCAAACACCCCUCUCUCCUGGCCUGCAAGUGCCAGCGGGGCUUCCGCAAGGAGGAGCGCUGCCUCCGUAUAUACUGGAGGGUGCGUCUUCUGCCAGGAAAGGAUGAGCUGGAAAUCUCUCCCUAUGAUGACACAUUGAUAGACACUCGCCUGGCCUCUCUGGUCGCAGCUUCGUCUUUCAUGCAACUGGACGGUGAGAACCAUUGUCUGAAGGCGGCGCAGGACUGCGGCCUGUACGAGAAGUGCGGCUCCCUGCGGUCGGAGUACGUGGUGGCCUGCACCAAGCCCAUCCCCGGGUCCAGCCGCUGCAACCAGCACAAGUGCCACCGGGCCCUGCGGCGGUUCCUGGAGCGCGUGCCGGAGGAGUACAGCCUGGGCGUCCUCUUCUGCCCCUGCACCAACACCCUGUGUGGGGAGAGGAGGAGGAAGACCAUCGUCCCCUCCUGCUCCUACCAGGACACGGAGGGUCUGCAGCUCAACUGCCUCAGUCAGCAGAGCGUGUGUCGCCGAGAUGACCUCUGCAGGUCCAGGCUGGCUGAUUUCCUCAGUAACUGCCAGCCGUCUCACCAGACAGCCAGUGGCUGCAUGAAAGACUCGACGGGGCUCUGCCUACGAGCCUACGCCGGACUCAUAGGCACCACCAUGACGCCCAACUACGUGAGCAACAGCUCGGCCGAGGUGUCGCUGUGGUGCAACUGCGAGGGCAGCGGCAACCAGUGGCAGGAGUGUCUGAGACUGCAGCGCUUCUUCACCCACAACACCUGCCUGCGUAAUUCCAUCAGCUGGAUGGGAAGCCCCGGCUCACUGCCCCCGGACGCCACUCUGCCCCCCGGGCCCAAGCCCUCCCCGCUGGUCCAGGAGGACGAGCUGCUGAGCAGCAACCGCCUGCCUGGAAUCAACAACAACGUGGUGGAGAGUGAGGAAGAGGGGGAGCUGACAGUAGAGGAGCAGAGUGAAGAAGAUGAUCAGUUUGAUGUCAUCCCACUCUACUCGGAGAAAGCAACUGUCUCCAACCUGGGAUCUACCGGGACCGGGGGAGCAGCGUCCCUCCCCACCAAGCCCACUAAACCAGUACUACUGCUCCUUCUGCUCCUGUCUGCUUCACUCAGCUGGGGGUAGAACCAACCAUAUCGAGAAGAAACGCACGGACACACACACACACACACACACACACAUACACACACGCACACACACACACACACACACACACACACACAAACACAUACACAAGUUAUCUGCCAACAAUCCUGGACUGGUUGCUGAGAAAGUAUACAAAGCAUUGUGAAGAAAUGGACUUCGCCUUUUUUCAGUAGCAUCCCAUCACUUGUGUCCUCCUUCCUUCCUUCCUUCCUUCCUUCCUUCCUUCCUUCCUUCCUUCCUUCCUUCCUUCCUUCCUUCCUUCCUUCCUUCCUUCCUUCCUUCCUUCCUUCCUUCCUUCCUUCCUUCCUUCCUUCCUUCCUUCCUUCCUUCCUUCCUUCCUUCCUUCCAAAAAAAGCACUUUGUUUUGUCGGGUCUGACCGGAGCUUCAGUGAGAUGUUCUCGCCUGGAGAAUAACGAAACACAUGAUUACGUUGGGUUGGUCACAUGCUGUAUUUUCACCAGUGUGCAUAACGGAUCCAGAUAAAAACACAUUUCUUUACUUGUAGUGCAUAAAUAAAGCUCAAGGUUUGUAACUGUUA